AUGUUAUUAUUACCUGUAUUUAAUUACAUGAAAGAGCAGAAACCAAUGUGGUGCAAAAAAUGUGGUCUAUUGACAGCUAUUAAGGAUGCUUUUAUGGUUAAGAUGAACGCGUUCUUCAAGUCGUCGUCGUCGCCAGUCCCAGCGCCGAGCGGACAACAACGUCUCUUGUCGGCGUCUCCGUGGACGGAUUUAAUGAUGCCGCCGCAGCCCGCUCCGCCACAGUCGUCGUGGAGGCCGUCGCCUGCCCCGUCGUAUUGGUGGUCACCUCCUUCGUCGUCGUCGAAUUGGUGGUGGUGGUGA